UUGCAAGCAUCAUGUGAUCACAUCACAUUAUUGGCAAGGCUGCAAGAAAACAAGGAGAGGCUUUGGUGCGUUCCUUGUUCGAAAACAGCUACAGACAUGUCACUCUUACAACUUUUGAUAGUAGCUGCAGCAUUUUACGUUGGAUGCAUUCACUGCCAGGACUUUGAUGGAUGCUCUGUGAAUGCCUAUCCACCACCAGAGAACACACAAAUCAAGGAUGUGAUUCUAAACCUUGACCUGGCACCAAAAGAAAGAUGGAGUCACCUUGUUGCACCCUACAAAGUACAGUUGACGGCACUGAUUGCACAGAUUAAGAAGCUUGUGUCAGCAAAGGUUCUUGAAAUCAUUGACAAAAGCUUGGAAGCCAUUGUAUUCAGACUACCUCAGCCAUAUCGGGAUGAAAUUAUAGGGAUUUCAACUGCAACUGAAAUAGAACUUGGUGAAGUUGUUUUGUACAAUAUCUUUUAUGAGAUUUUCACAGUAUGCACCUCUAUUGUUGGACAAGACAAAGAUGGAAAGUUAUAUCAUGCCAGAAAUCUUGACUUUGGACUUUUUAUGGGUUGGGACAUGAAAAACAACACAUGGGCCAUCAGUGAAUUACUCAGACCUUUGAUUUUCAAUGUUCUGUACCAGAAACAAGGAAAAGUUGUUUACAAAGCUGUACAUUUUCUUGGAUAUGUAGGAAUAAUUACUGGAAUCAAACCUGGGGUUUUCACAUUGACAGUCAAUGAAAGAUUUGCUUUGGAUGGAGGGUAUAUUGGUCUGAUUGAAUGGCUUCUUGGAAUGAACAAAGCACGGUGGAUGGGUUUCUUAACUCGUGAAACCUUUGAGAAUGCCAACAGCUUUGAUGAUGCCAAAAAAGCACUUUCUGAUGACCAGUUGAUUGCACCUGUCUAUUUUAUACUUGGAGGCACUAAGCCAGGCGAGGGGUGUGUUAUUACAAGAUCAAGAACAAAGUCUCUUGAUGUCAUGAGCUUGGACCCACCUAAGGGAGUGUGGUAUGUCCUGGAGACCAAUUAUGACCAUUGGAAAGCUCCACUUUUUAUUGAUGACAGAAGAACACCAGCAAACACUUGCAUGAAGAACACAACACAAGCUGGUAUGGGUUUUAAAGGACUUUUCAAUGUUUUGUCUACAAAACCUGUAUUGAACAAGUUGACAGUUUACACUGCCCUGUUGCAAGUGGAUUCUGGGACCAUGACAACUUACAGAAGAUCAUGUCAUGACCCAUGCUGGCCCUGGUAAAUCAAGUUGUAAUCUCCAAUUGAUCCCAGAAAAAGAUGAGUCCUACUUUUGUCUGGAGACAAUCUGAUUGACAAAUGGCAAUUUUGAAAAAUUUACUGUAUUGAACUUUCGUUUAAAAAUCAAGCUCAUAUUUCAAAAGAAAUUGUGAAAUAAUGUUAAAUGCUAAAUUUUAGUUUUUUUGCUAACUUGUUUUUGGAUAAUGUUAAGCUAAUAUAUAAUACUUAAUACAUCGCUAUCUAAUAACUUGCCUGAGAUCAAGACUUAAUGAAGUUAAAAUCGCAUUUGAAGCACUGAACCAGCUACUUCACUACAAACAAAAUUUUGAGCUUGCAGGUGCAGUUUUUUUCCUUUUUUUGUUAUCUCAUCAUUCCAUGAUAUUUGGGAAAAGUUAUCUUCAAAGUUUCUUCAGUUCAAUUUAUUUAAAAAGAAACAGAAAUGGUAUUCCAAAGCGUUUUCUUUUCUUGUUUAUAAGUGCGAUAUUCAUUUCCUUUUUGUCGCUGAUAUGAAGCUAUCGAAAAAGUGUCUAACAGUGUUUUCAGCCUUGAAAGUUUGGAUUAAAAUUGUUGUUUCCAUCCAAUAACAAGCUAUCACUACCUUGAAUCGCCAACUUCAUAACUUCCACUUGCCAAUUACGCCAAAUUUUCUCUGCUGUUUUUGCAAAUCCUUUUUCCAAAGCAUUUUGAGAAGUAUUUUUGUAGUUUAAUCAUUAAAACAGCUGGUCGUGAAAUAUUUGAAGAAUAUACCUAAAGUGGGUAUUUACAAGACUAUAAUUUUCAAUGUCUUCUUGUUUGUUGAUUAGCAUAUUAAUUAAUUUACAGUUUUGGUUCUUGAAGUAUGUGAAGCUUUUCUCUUUUGUUUGAAUUUGAGAUGUGGACAUAACUGUUUUGUAAUUGCAAAAAAUAUUGAAGUCGUACUAAUAAAAGAAUGUGUUGUGAAUUUGGAUAAAAAAAUUAUAAGAACUAAA